UUUUAGAUAUUAUGUUAACCAGAGCAUUUCUUAAUAAAAGGCUAGCCAGCGGGCCAUCUCUUAAGACUUUUACUAAGAGCAACGUCAGGACUUUUGUAGUAAUGAAUAAAUAUGCAUCUCAAACUGGUGUUAGAGCCAUAACUUCUGGGGCUAAAGUUGAUUUGAACAAUUACAAAAGCUUGAAUUCAGUUCCAUUGAGAUUCUUUUCAGAUCUUCCACCUCAUGUCAAGCUUCAGAUGCCAAGUUUAUCACCAACAAUGGAGAAAGGAAAUCUUGCAAAAUGGUGCAAGAAAGAAGGAGAUCAAGUAGAGCCAGGAGAUAUCCUAGCAGAAGUCGAAACUGAUAAGGCCACUGUUGAUUUUGAAAUGCAAGAAGAUGGAUAUGUUGCCAAACUAUUGGUAGAAGAAGGUGCUCAAGAUAUUGCAUUGGGAGAAUUGGUCGCAAUUUUAGUUGAGGAUGAAGAUGAUAUUGCUGCUUUUAAAGACUAUAAACCAGAAAGUAGCUCCAAUGCUCCUCAGAAGACGCCAAAAGCUCCUGAGCCAGCUACUCCAACUUCAGAGCCAGCUAAAACUCCUAAACCAACUCCAGCUCCUAAGGCUUCUUCUAAACCUAUUACUCAGCCAAAGAAAUCAUCACCUGCUCAGGCCUUUGUUUCCUCUGCUCCAGCAUCUCUGAAUUAUGAAGAUAUCCCAUUGACUCAGGUUCGUAAGAUUAUUGCUAGCAGAUUAUCUGAGAGUAAAGAAACCAUCCCACACUAUUAUGUAACUGUAGAUGCUGAGGUAGAUAGGCUUUUGGAGCUCAGAAGUAUGCUGAAUAACCACUCUGAAUCUAAAAUUUCAGUAAAUGAUAUGAUUAUCAAAGCAUCCUCGCUUGCAUCAAAGAAAGUUCCUCAAGCAAACUCUUCUUGGCAAGGCGACUACAUCAGACAGUACACUAAUGUUGAUGUGAGUGUAGCUGUCAGCACUGAAGGAGGCCUCAUCACUCCUAUUAUUAGAGAAGCUAACAGUAAAGGUCUCGAAACCAUUUCUGCAGAAAUGAAAGACCUUGCAGCUAGAGCUAGAGAGAACAAACUCAAGCCUGAAGAAUUCCAAGGAGGUACUUUCUCGGUUUCUAACCUCGGAAUGUUCGGAGUGGCUCACUUCUCAGCAAUCAUUAAUCCUCCUCAAGCUUGUAUUUUAGCUGUUGGGGGAUCCCAGCAGCGAGUCCUUCCAACUGAAGAGGAAGGUGAAUAUAGGACUGCCAAUGUCAUCUCAUUCACUUUGAGUUCCGAUCACAGAGUUGUAGAUGGUGCUGAAGCAGCAAUUUGGGGCCAACACUUCAAAAAAUAUAUCGAAACUCCUGAGCUCAUGCUUUUGUAAGAAGUUAAUGAAUUCUGAACAGCAUUAUUAAAAAUAUCCAAGUACGGCAUUAUUCA